AUGCAAGCAGCCACGACCGGUGCGAAGCGAUGUUGGGACUGGGUCAAAGACUAUUCUGGCUACGAGGAAACAAGCCGGAAAGCUCUUAAGCACACAGCGCAAACUUCGCCUUCCUCGGCCACCCUGAGUGCUUCCAAGUUACCGGGAGACGCCACCAACAAGACAGACAGCGGCAUCGAAGAUUCGGCCGGUUCCCAGCCUGGCAAAGGCGAAGCCUUGAUGGCUCGAAAUGCUGCGCAGCGCGAGGUACUCGAGCCGUACAUAUUUGAUGCGAACGAGGGACCCGAUUACGUCGCCGGGCCAUCAUUCGUAGUCAAUACUGGCUCUGCAGGGAACCAGCUCCCUGCCAUCCUCUUGACCGAAGAGCUCUCCAAUAUUCUACAAGAGGCAGCUAUUGCGACUCGCGAUCUGCGGGAAGCUACCAGCAGGCGGGAUGCUCAAGCACAGAUCCUGGAUCGUUUCAGAAGCUGGUCCCUUGAUCAGCAGCGCAAGCUCCUUAGGCUACGUGAUACUCAUGAAGGCGUAGAGGGGGGUGAGAAGGUACGGAGGCAGUUGCAGCUCAAGGUCAGGGAGUAUGAUCGCCGGAUACGGGAAGUUCGAGACCAGAAGGCGUCCUAUAAGAAGCAGAUCGCGGACCUUGAGCAACGAGCCGAUGCCGCAAACAAGGUGGCAGCUUUGGCGAUUGAGGAUGUUCUGGUCCGUGGCAAUUUGUUGAGUGGACAGGUACAAGGCAAGACGGAUGAGGACAUCGCGUUUGAGCGGAAGUAUGCUGUGCCAAAGGACAAUGAUGAAUCGCACACUAUGGUCCUGCCGGAUGAUGACCCAGAGCAAGCCUCAGAACACCGACAGAGUCCAGAGUCUGAGGUGGUUCUGAAUCCCGCAGCGGUGCACAAAGCCCAGGUCAUUGGAAGGUAUCGCGAAGCUACAGAUAUGAUGGAACGAGCACGGGUCCACUUCAACAACCGUCACGAGAAUUGUCAGCCGCAACAUACCGGCCGAGGCGCUGGAUCCAGCAACAGCGCCUCAUCUCAGGAAAGUCCGACUGAGAAGGAUCUAAAAGUCUUGCAACGCCACCGCCAGCUAACCAGACAGCUAGUCGAGGCCGAAGAAGCAUUCAGCGAAGCCAAACGAGAGGCAAAAGCAGUAGGCUUCGCAACGACCAGCGAAGCAUCAUCAGACGAUAGCUCACAAUCCGAAGCGACCGCCGAGCCAGGGGCAGACUACCGAAGCUGGUGCGAUGUGGUGACCAUACAGGCCUGGAUCAAUACGCUGCCCAGCAAGACCGAGUCGAGGAUAAGCGGCGUCGGGGGCUACGCGCAGGAAGCCAAAGCCAUCAGGAACCACGAACACGAUCAUGAGGUGGGGGUGGGAGAGUGUGAGAGUACAUUUGCCGAGUGCGGUGAGAAUCAGAAGGCGCUUCGCCGGUGGAAGCAGUAUUGUGAGGGUCUUCGGGUGGUGGCUGGUAGGAGCGUCAAGUAA